CAUGAAAACUUGAAAUCUUGAUAAAUGUGAAUAGUGAAAAAGUUACAAAAACGCGUUAUAAAACUAAAAAGGUGUAUGAUGAUAACGUCCUAAACUUUUAACCAUCAUACCUAUGUGAUAAACAAUCUCAAAGAUUAUGAUGACGAUUUGUGGUCAAAGUUUCGGAAACAACACAUUUUAUUUUUCAACUUUUGGGAUUUAUUCUCUGUUCUAUCUCCAAAUAUAGAUGACAAUAGCUUCUAGCUAGUACUUCUAAAUUUGGAAGCCGCAACAGUAACGGUCUAAUUGCCAGUUAAUACACAUUAUAUAUCGGUCAUUUCUACCUGUCUCAAUUUGUUCCGUAAGCACCAAGACUCAGACGAAAUCAAGAAUUAAGAAAACAUAGCGAUCAUUUGAUCGAAAUGGGGAGAGACCUCGGCUGGUGCUUCUUCGUGGCGACGGUUGUGGUGGUAGCAGCUUUGUUACCCACACUAACCAUGGCGGGUCGUCUAGAGCUAAAGAACGAAAUCUCAGGGGUCGCUAGUGUCCGUAAAGCGAAGCUAGCCGUGCGGUGCUGGUCAAACGAGGAUGACCUAGGGUGGGAUAUGAUAAAGCCAAAGCAAUCACGAGUAUGGACGUUCACGACAAUGAACAUGUGGCCCUUUCAGAAAACUGAGUUCCGUUGCCAGUUUCGUAGCGGGUUUGGAACCACGAACGAAGACGUUGUGACGGUGUUUUCUGUCAAGGGCGGGUUUCGAAAGGAAUGUGGGGUGGGAGGGGACGAGUGCUUUUGGGUAGGGAAGAGAGAUGGAUUAUAUCUAAGAAGGAUCGUAAAAGAUGGAGGAGGGGAUAGUCGCAAGAAAUAUGUUGAUGUUCUCAAAAGCAAAUGGGUUUGGAAAUGGUGAAUCUUCAAUUCUUUUUAUCCAACAAUCAUUAAUUUUAUUUUUUUGUCGAUAACAUGCAAUUUAUGGGUUUGGAAAUGACACAACACAAACCAUUCGGCUACUACGAGUCUUCAUCACAACUCUCAACCAUUGAUAUCGAUCAUUUUUUAUACCCUUUCCCUUUGUAUUAGACUUGGACGACACUAUCUUGAGAGAUAUAUUCAUGGGGUUAUAAAUACACAUACAAGUAUACUUUGAGAUUUACGAUACUACACUAAAAAGCAUGGUGUAGUAUUAUUAUUUCGAAUCAUAAUUUUUUUUUAUAGUUAAUCUAUUUUUUCUUUUUAUUAACUAUAGAAGUUCCAAACAUUUGGUCAUAAUCUCUAAAAUAUUUAAUCUUUUAGUUCAAAAAUCUUGAAUCCGGGAGAUAAAACUUGUAUAUUGGUCAAAUUCAUAAUGGUGAGUUAGUUUAAGUUUCACAUGCUUCCAAUUCAAAACUAAUUGACAAUGAGUGGAUUGGUUUUUUUUUUUUUUAAACCAGUAUAGUGUUGGUCCCUUCAAACUUCCGUUAUGUGAUCCUAACACACCCACUCAAGAUCAGAGCUGGCGUAGAGAAUUAUCGAGCGACAAAUCCAAAAGUUUUUAAGGCCUAUUAUAGAAAAAAGACAAAAUAAAAAUAAACAUAAAUCAGUUGCUAGGAUUCAAACUCAUGUCUUUUGAGUGUAAAAUCUACUGCCUUUACCACCCGGACAAGGGAACUCUUAGAAUAAAGAGACCGAUUUAUUGACUAUAUAAUCUACGGCCGCACGCUGAUGCUUCAUGAGCUUCUGUCCCGAGCCGGCUUUGCUCAAGAUAAUGGCUCUUACUAGUCCAUCUCAAACCGAAUCCCACUAUAGGACCGAUAAUAAAUCCCUUUCUUGGGCUACCCUACUUAGAUCAACAAAGGAGGAUUUGGUAUCAUGAGUUUCAUAUGUUUCUUCAAAACUAAUUGGUAAUGAAUAAAUUGUCCCAUAAUUUUCCUUUCAAACUUUUGAUGUGAGAUCAGAUUCUAACAAUUUAAAAUGUUGAAUCACGAUGCAAAUUUAGUUUGUAACACAACCGCUACUAUUCGUGGCCUCAUUCCCGCUCUCGACCCGUAAACUCCACUCUCGUCUGAAGAGACAAAGCUAUAGAAUCGAUAGUCCACUACAAUAUUUUAGUAUUGAGAUUUGGCACCAAAAUUACAUAUAAAUCGUAUAUCAUAUACUAUAUAGCUAGGAGAUCCUUUUAUUAAACAAUCUAUUACAUAGUUGUGAAGU